CAGUCUCUUAGGUUUUUUUUAAAAAAAAAAAAGAAAAAACCUAAUAUGCAAGAGAAGUCGCUUAAUUAAGACGUCCCUUACGGGACACGCGUCAUAAGGGCGACGUCUCUAUCUCUCUCGUCUCUCUUUCUCUCCCUUGGUGGCUCCGGUCGAGCUCUUCCGAUGGUGCUUCCCCUUCCCGCCCUUUGAGGGACAUGGUCAUCACCACCAUCAUCAUCGGUCCAUAGCAGGGACAUGGUCAUCACCACCAUCAUCGAUUCCACAAGAGAGGAAAGAAGAGAAUGGUGGAGGUAGUAAUGUCAAAUGGGUGGCCCAUGUCCAAAUAGAUAUGGACCAAAAUGGAUAAGCCCAUAUUGAACCAUAAAUAAUUUUUGUCCAAAUGGGUGAACCCAACUAUAUCUAUGGCCAAAUUUGGGCUCAACCAGUUGGACAAUGGGCAGCCCAAUAGUAUUAAAUGUCUAGGGUUUGGGAAUUGGGGAAACACGAUCUUUUUUUUUCUCAGACUCGUGAGAGACAGAGAGAGAGCUCUUCUGAGAUUCUUCUUCCUCGUCUUCUUCGAUUCUUCUUUCUCAUCUUCGAUUCCUCUUCCUUGUGUUCGAUUCAUCUUCCUCUUCUUUGUUCUUCUUCGGGUUCUCCUUCGAAUCUUCGAUUCUCCUUCGAUGGCCAGAAACAAGCUUUUGUGGUUGUGGGUCGAGUCAGCACUGGCACAGAAGCAAAACUAAAGGUGCUUUACGGGUCUGGAGCUAGGAAGUUCGCGAGAAGCUGUUGCAGCUCUUGGUUGACCUCUCACGAAGGUGGUGGAAGAAAGAAGAAGAAGGUGGUGACCAAGUGAAGAAAUGAAACUCUCUUUGUUAUAAAACAAUAUUGUGAUUUGUGAACUUGUGAUUUGUGAACUUAUGUAUUUUCACUUUUCAUUGUUGUGUGAACUUGUGUGUUUUUUUUAUCACUUUGAACUUAUCUUGUGACCUUAUCUUGUGUGUUUUCUUUUAUAACUUUGAACUUA